AUGGCAAGUGACGAGAAAUCCAGGAACCCCUUCGAGGACCUUGGCGGUCACGAAGGAGAACAAUCCACCUCUCAAGCAGUGGACCCAUCUGUUCCCGACGAAGAACUUCCACAGUACAGUCCUCCUGAAGUUAGAGCAGAAAGUUCAUCAGCAGCGACAAAUAAAAGCCAGCCAUUACCUCCCAGCUUUGGGCGAGUCAUCGCAAUUCCCGCAAUCGCUCCUGCGAACGAAUCACCAUUUCUCCGCGCUUAUGCGCCCACACUCACAAAACACCAACUACCCAAGGAAUCCUUUAUGAGAUUCUUGGAUCAGCUUAACGAUGUCAUGACCAGUAGCCCGCCAAUGCAAGUGCUCGACGCAACAGGCGGGAUGCUCAGAUCUGUCCCGAUUCUAUUCCCGCUUCACUGGCUAGGGUCAGCAGUUAGCGGUCUCGCCAAUUUGGGCAGUCAAGGAAUCACAAAAAGCCGUGCUGAUUCUACCAUUCGUCAAGCGAACAAGGAGCUUUUCGAACCUCGUGGGUUGAAGGCCGAGAUCGCCAAGUUGGAUGCCGUUGCCCACAUCGCCAAUAUUCCCAUUUUGAAUUCACAGGGGAAGGUCGAUCAGGACGCUCCUCUUAUUCGGCAAAUGAGCGCGCUGCCCAUGGCCGAGUUUGAUCUAUCCCAAGAAGUCGAUAUGCAACAGCACCGUAUCCAAAUAUUGCAGCCGUGGAUUGCUGAGCUUGAGGUUGAUGCAGCUCUUCCGUGGAGUCAGAAAUCCAAACUGACGCGUUUCAAUGCGGCGCUUAAGAAGAGAAAUGACGGGAUGCGGAGCCGGGGUCAACAGCCAUCCAAGGAUGAAGAGGAGCCUGAAUUUCGCAAGGGUCUUUGGCUUGUUAUUCGGGAAGUGGGUGAUGAGAAAGCAGCGGGUCCCUCUUCAAGGAAAUAA